ACGACUGCUCAGUUCAGAUCAGUACGAAACGGGACAGGACCAGAAGGACCAGUUGUCUCGUUAUACGUUUGUUUUCCCCCUACCCAUUUCAUUGUCUUCCCCUCACUUUUCUUUAAGUUUCAUUCGUUACUAACGCCUUAACUCAGUGAAAAAUGUACAGGUAUUUCGGAGAAUUACUUACUCGUGGAGUAAGCAGUGCUCUGACCUCGGGAUGUGUCAAAUCGACUCUUCCAGUUUCCGCGUCGUUGAUGCGGAUGCGCCACUACAGCGAGGUCGCAGGAGAGAAAGAUACAGAUGACCCCAACUUCUUUGGAAUGGUGGAGGGAUUCUUUGACCGCGGUGCAAAUAUUGUUGAGGAUAAACUGGUGGAGGACCUCAAGAACAAGGAGACGCCAGUGCAGAAGAGACACCGAGUACGCGGAAUUCUCAAGAUCAUCAAGCCCUGCAACCAUAUACUGAGUGUAUCGUUCCCUAUCAAGCGAGACGAUGGCGAAUGGGAGGUGAUUGAGGGAUAUCGUGCCCAGCACAGCCAACACAGGACCCCUUGUAAAGGAGGUAUCCGUUACAGCACCGAGGUGUCUGUCGACGAGGUGAAAGCCCUGGCCUCGCUGAUGACAUACAAAUGUGCUGUCGUGGAUGUGCCGUUUGGAGGAGCCAAAGCUGGAGUGAAGAUCAACGUAAAGAAUUACACUGACAAUGAGCUGGAGAAAAUCACCAGAAGAUUCACCAUUGAGCUGGCCAAGAAGGGUUUUAUUGGACCUGGCAUUGAUGUCCCUGCCCCUGACAUGGGCACUGGAGAGAGGGAGAUGUCUUGGAUCGCUGACACCUAUGCCAACACCAUGGGCCACCAUGACAUCAACGCCCAUGCCUGUGUGACUGGUAAGCCCAUCAGCCAGGGGGGCAUCCACGGCAGGAUCUCAGCCACCGGGCGUGGAGUAUUCCACGGCAUCGAGAACUUCAUCAACGAGACGGCCUACAUGAGCCAGUUGGGCCUGAGCCCCGGCUUCACCGACAAGACCUUUGUCAUCCAGGGGUUCGGUAACGUGGGCAUGCACUCCAUGCGUUACCUGCACCGUAUCGGGGCCAAGUGUGUUGGCGUUGGUGAGAUGGAUGGAAGCAUCUGGAACCCCAAUGGCAUCGACCCCAAGGAGCUGGAGGACUACAAGCUGCAACAUGGCACCAUCGUGGGCUUCCCCGACUCCACACCGUACAAUGGCAGCAUCCUGGAGGCCGACUGUGACAUCCUGAUCCCCGCCGCCAGCGAGAAGCAGCUGACCAGGAACAAUGCCCACAAAAUCAAAGCCAAGAUCGUUGCUGAGGGAGCUAACGGCCCCACCACUCCGGACGCUGACAAGAUCUUCCUGGAGAGGAAUAUCAUGGUGAUUCCGGACAUGUACCUGAAUGCUGGUGGAGUGACUGUCUCCUACUUUGAGUGGCUGAAGAACCUGAACCAUGUCAGCUACGGUAGACUGACCUUCAAGUACGAGAGGGACUCCAACUACCACCUGCUCAUGUCCGUCCAGGAGAGUCUGGAGAGGAAGUUUGGGAAGCAUGGAGGAGCCAUCCCUGUGGUCCCUACCUCUGAGUUCCAGGCCAGGAUCGCUGGAGCUUCAGAGAAGGACAUUGUGCACUCAGGACUGGCCUACACCAUGGAGAGGUCUGCCAGGCAAAUCAUGCGCACCGCUAACAAGUACAACCUGGGCCUUGACCUGAGGACGGCAGCGUACGUCAACGCCAUCGAGAAGGUCUUCAAGGUGUACAACGAGGCUGGUGUUACCUUCACAUAGGCGGCUCCUCACCACCCCGCCCGCCUCCGUCUGUCUGUCCGUCCACCCAAGCAGACCCAGGCCCCCCCGUCUCCAUACAA